AUGGGGAAUCCAAACGCCGUCAAACCCUCCGAUCAAGCUCCGGCGACCACCCAUUUCAGCCACCCACACCCACUGCAGCUCGUCGAUCCCCAAACCCUAACCCAGUUCUCACACUGCUCCGCCUGCAAACUCGACGCCGCCGCCGCCUCCGGCGCCGCCGUCUACGCCUGCAGAACCUGCAACUUCAUCCUCCACCAGAAAUGCUACCAGCUGCCGCAGCAGAUCAACCACCCGUUCGACAAAACCCACGCGCUGGUUCUCCAGCCGAAGCCCGUCUACGCCGAGGGCGUAUUCCGGUGCGACGCGUGCGGGAACCAGGGCGCCGAAUUUCCCCACCGGUGCCACAACCACCCGCUCAGCCUCACUUUCACCGCGCCUUAUCCUGGGAACAAGUUUUCCUGCGAUCUUUGCAAGAAGAUUACUUCCAAUACCUGGAUGUACCGCUGCAGCGGCUGCGAGUUCGAUGUCCACGUCACCUGUGUGGCGAAGGUAAUCCCCCCGCCGCGGCCCCUGAUUCAGCAGCCGGCGCUGCGGCCGAUGAUUACGGCGAGAUCGGUUAUUCCGCCGCCGCAGAACCCACAGAAUAUGGGAGCUUAUAAUAAUAUGCCGCAGCAGCAUCAGGGUGUGGCUAUUGGACAACCCUAUAAUAAUAAUCAGCAUCAAUUUGUAGGAACCCCUUAUCCGGCGGCGGCUGGAGUGCCGCCGCCGCCGCAGUAUAGCAACAUAAACCAACCGGCCGCCGGUCAUGCAGCUGCCGGACGGCCUGUUAACGGUGGCGGGAUGAGGAACCAGGUCAUAGGUUCGGCGGUGGAGGGAGCCGCCAGCGGAGUUGCUCAGGCGGUGACGGGGGUUUUCUUGCAGGAAGUCUUCGGUCUUGGCGGUGGCGGUGGCGGUGGUGGUGGCGGUGGUGUCUUUCAACUGGCUGCUUUCGGAAUUGGAGGAGGAAGUGGUGAACCAGUCGAUGGAGGUGGAGACUGUGGCGGUGGAGACUAUGCCGGCGGAGAUGUCGCUGUUUAG